AUGCUACUGCUAGGAUACGCGAUGCUCCUGCUUGCAAUCUCCCAAACCUCCAACAUCGCUGGUGCAUCCGGAAGAGCCGCAAAUUCUUCAUCCACUCUCGAUCCCACAACGUUGAGUGUUCUCGAGCUGAAGAGCUUGAUCAAGGGAACUGUGACAAUAGGUGAGCUUCGGGAAAUAUCUCAACGCACCAACGAGUCGGUCCUCAUAUUUACAAGUUUGGAUGACUUCAGCGGGGAAGUCGAGGAAACAAAAAGUGUUUGGCUCGUGUUAGUGGUCCCAGAGCAAAGUCACAAGUUCUCUUCGUGGGACGAGGUCACUUUCUGGGAAGAGAUCCACGGCAAACUGUCUCCAUUUGGAGUUCGGUUGGGAGUCCUUGAUUGCAGUUUCCUUCCAGUCGCCACAGCCAUGCCAUACGUACCAGGAAAUAAUUCAGAGAGAAGACGCUGGACGUGGCUGAAGCCAAUGCUACUGCUAGGAUACGCGAUGCUCCUGCUUGCAAUCUCCCAAACCUCCAACAUCGCUGGUGCAUCCGGAAGAGCCGCAAAUUCUUCAUCCACUCUCGAUCCCACAACGUUGAGUGUUCUCGAGCUGAAGAGCUUGAUCAAGGGUCGGGGCCUGCAUGGCACAAGUGCGAUCGAAAAAAAGGACAUGGUCCAGUUGGUGAAGAGUACCGGAACUGUGACAAUAGGUGAGCUUCGGGAAAUAUCUCAACGCACCAACGAGUCGGUCCUCAUGUUUACAAGUUUGGAUGACUUCAGCGGGGAAGUCGAGGAAACAAAAAGUGUCUGGCUCGUGUUAGUGGUCCCAGAGCAAAGUCACAAGUUCUCUUCGUGGGACGAGGUCACUUUCUGGGAAGAGAUCCACGGUAAACUGUCUCCAUUUGGAGUUCGGUUGGGAGUCCUUGAUUGCAGUUUCCUUCCAGUAGUUUGUGAGAGAAAGAAGUGGGAUAGACCCCUCAUACUCCUUACAUUCCCUAGAGAGUUGAAUAGCGAUAAUCAAGUGAUUAUCAAUGGCUACAUCAAGCCAAAUGUCAUGUUAAAGCGGAUCGAAGAAACGCUGAAGAUUCACGUGCAAGACAUCAAGACAGUGGAGGAAUUGGAAUCGGAGUGGCUGGAUCCCUCGCAGCAAGCAGACGGCGGGCCACUGCGCGUUGUGUUCUUCACAGAUGCCGAAGUUAUUCCUCUCUUUUUGGCGACGUUGCAAGCGAAAUUCAAAGGGAGAAUUCAGUUUGGGGCAUUUUCAUCCCGCAUUGAGCCCAAGGUAGCUCACUUCCCAGUCUGUGAAGAGCACUCCAAGGACGAGGACAAGGAUCAGGGCAUCGUGUUCCACUCAUUGAGCCCCUAG